UAAAGGAAGAUCAAAACCUCCCAUCACUUCCAAAAAGAAAAACUUCUCGGAAAAAAGUCCCUGCAAAAAAAAAUUAAAAAUUUAAUGAAAGUAAAAAAAAAUUCAGCGUGAAGCGAGAGAUCGAGGGAGUGAGAGUGGUGCGAAGGCGAAACCACGAUCUGGGUUUUGUCCUUAAUCCAUUCUCGGUCUCACCCUCGUUUCUCCGACACUCUCAUUUGAUCGGAGCUCGCGCAUUCAGAAGAGUUUCUCCCGACGAGGUUGUCACCUUGUCGCCGUUGGUGACGAGGUUAGGGUAUAAUGGAGCGGUACGGUCGCGCCGGAGAAGAGGGGUCGCGGUCAGAUCCAUCGCCCGAAUGGUCCGCUCCAGGAGGUGUAACCGGCGUCGAAGCUUCGAUGUGGCGUUUAGGGCUGCAAACCGUAGGAGAAUCGUACCCAGAACGACCCGACCAGCCCGAUUGUAUCUAUUACUUGCGAACCGGCGCUUGCGGGUACGGGUCCAGGUGUCGGUUCAAUCACCCACAAGACCGUGGAGCGGUCAUAGGAGCUGCUGCUAGAGGAGAUGCAGGAGAGUUCCCAGAGCGUGUGGGACAACCUUUGUGUCAGCACUUCAUGAGGACCGGAACUUGUAAGUUUGGUGCUUCUUGCAAGUAUCAUCAUCCCAGGCAAGGAAGCAGUUCCAGUUCCACUGUUACUCUGAAUUAUAUGGGAUAUCCGUUAUACCCGGGGGAAAAAGAGUGUUCAUACUACAUGAGAACGGGUCAAUGUAAAUUUGGCGCAACGUGUAGAUUCCACCAUCCCCUCGCUCCCGAUGUACAGGUACUCUCCCCGCCACCGCCACUGCCACCUACUGCUCAGGCUAUUUACCCAACCGUGCAGUCUCAGUCUGUUCCUUCGUCCCAGCAAUAUGGUGUAGUUAUGGCACAGCCUCCCCUUUUGCCAGGUUCAUAUGUUCAAAGCCCUUACGGUCCGAUGGUUCUCCCUCCGGGUAUGGUUCCAUACUCGGGUUGGAACCCAUAUGCGGCUUCUGUAAGUGCCAUACCCUCCCCGGGCUCUCAACCGUCUGUUGGAUCGAGCUCCGUUUACGGGAUUAGACCGUUAUCUCCUUCGGGGCCGGCACAUGCAGCACCCUAUCAGUCCAGGCCUUCUUCUGUUGACCCUUCAAGUACCUUCCCGAAGGAACAACUGUUUCCUCAGCGGCCUGGCCAACCCGAGUGCCAGUACUUUAUGAGGACGGGCGACUGUAAAUUUGGAUCCUCGUGUAGAUUCCAUCAUCCUCUCGAUGCAGUUUCACUGAAAACAAGCGUUGUCAUCGGCCCUGUCGGCCUUCCUCUCCGUCCUGGGGCACCAUUAUGCACUCACUUCACGCAACACGGAUUCUGCAAGUUCGGACCUUCGUGCAGGUUCGAUCACUCCAUGGACUCGCUCAGUUACACCCCCUCUGCCUCUCCCCUCGCCGACAUGGCAGCCGCACCCUAUCAUAUCGGGUCCUCACUCGGGACAUUAGCCCCAUCGCCAAUCUCAAGUUCGAGCAAAGAAAUUGUCUCCCCAAAGACCAGAACAAGCGACUCCGAGACUGUUGUGCCUGCCACUGUUUCUUCCCGGAACGGUGGUCUGAGCCGUCCAGAGCUAAGUGGCAGUAGCUUAGAGCCUCGGAGUUCAAGCUGAGUGGCUAAAUUCAAAGGAACAUGAAACUGGUUUCUGGUUUUUGGGUCGACGGAAAGGGAAUCGGAAACCGAAACUCCGGUCUCUGUGUUCACUGCUUUGGACAUAUCUCCUCUUAGGUCUCUCUGCCACGGCCAUCUCUCUCUCUCUCUCUGUCAGUUUUUGGAGAGCGAGUAAAUAAUAAAUGGCCUUUAUUUACAGAAGCCCGAUUCGUAGAAAUCCACCCCCAGUUACUAUUAUUCUUUCGAAAGAUUACUGAAUCUGGUAACGAAGCUAAGCUUCCUAGCAAGAACAAGAAAGACUGCAGAAACGGAUCUCAGGGGUAAAGUUUUUAUUUUAUUUAUUAAAAAGAGAUUCGGUUUGUAGAAAUGUUAUAAGAUUCGGUUAUCAUUUCGAACCGAAGCAUGAGAAUGCUUCUCUCUUUUGUAAUGAAAUUAUAAUUUACUUCGUGGGUGGUUUAGUUUGCA